AAGACCUGAGAUGAGUUCACUGGAAAGAAGCCCCACCAUGUGUGUCGACUGAGUGGAAACAGUUCCGCCAUCUCAGCCUUUCGUCGACGGACUGAAUGGCUCCCUGCCGGGUCACUGGACAACAAUAGAGCGCCUUGUCUGGCUUUCGGAACUUUGCACCGAUCCCGAUGGCUGGACACGGGUGGGAGGACUGGUUCGAGCGGGAGGAAUUCAUUGGACAGAUUAGCGACAUGCGAGUACAGAACCUCCAAGUUCAGAGAGAAGUGGUUCAGAAGAGGACCUUUACUCGAUGGAUGAAUCUGCAUUUAGAAAAGUGUAAUCCACCCAUUGAAGUCCAAGAUCUUUUCCAAGAUAUCCAGGAUGGACGUAUCCUCAUGGCUCUUCUGGAGGAGCUUUCUGGCUGCAAGCUGCUUCAUGGGUUCAAGAAGUCGUCUCAUCGAAUCUUCAGACUUAACAAUAUUGCCAAAGUCUUGUCUUUCCUUGAGGAGAGAAAUGUAAAGCUUGUCAGUAUUGAUGCUGUUGAUGUUGUAGAUGGAAACUCAUCCAUCAUCCUGGGACUUAUCUGGAACAUCAUUCUCUUCUUCCAGAUUAAGGAGUUGACUGGUAACAUACGGAGCCAGUUCUCUUCAACCUCCAGCUUGUCGUCCGUGCCGACCAGCUCUAACCGAUCCAACUGCAACACGUCAAUGGCUGGAAGGCAGAUGGUGACCACAACUACAAGAGAACACAGCAACGCAUUCAGAAAAUUGCUGCAGUGGGUACAGAAGCAAACGCGCAAGUAUGGUGUGCCAAUUCAGGACUUUGGGAAGAGUUGGACAAGUGGUCUUGCUUUCCUUGCAGUCAUCAAGUCCAUUGACCCCAGCUUGGUAGACAUGAGGAAGGCCUUGCUGAGAAAUGCCAGAGAAAAUCUUGAGGAUGCAUUCAGGAUUGCCCACUACAGCUUAGGUAUCCCACGCCUUCUGGAGCCUGAAGAUGUGACUAUCAGUGCACCAGAUGAACAGUCCAUCAUGACAUAUGUAUCACAGUUCCUUGAGCACUUCCCUGGCAUGGAGGAGCAAAAAGAGAGUUAUCCACUCAUCGAAAGGAGUAUCUCUGUGGGACGACUCAACUUCUGUGACCAUGACACCCACCAUUUAGGAAAUAGUGUUCAUAGCAGCAGAGUGAGAGAGAGGUGCAUCAUGUUCCAGAUGGACUGUGCACAACCUCCACCCCAAAUCUUAUUUUCUUUUGUGCCAGAGAACAGGGCGUCCGUUCCACCAUCGAUUCAGCCAGCAAUAUCUCACACAUGGUCUAGUGAAGACUUCUUAGCUCAUUCCACCUGCAUGGAAGACAAUUUAAGUAAUGCAGAAGAAAAUGCUGAGGAACCUACAGAAGAAGUCUUAACCAACUUAACCAGUAACUCUCUACAAUUAACAAACAGUCACUCUUUCUUUGACUCUAUGUUGCCUGAGUUAGUGAAAACUGAGUCUGUCAUGGGCGAUUCUGCUAUCAGCUCUCCAGAUUCCUGGGUGGAGAGCGAGGAUGGAGUAGUUCCAGAGAAAUGUUGUGAGAGUCAACGUGACAAUUCAUUGUGUGAUUGGUCAACACCUUGUGAUAUGUACUGUGCAACCCAUGUGGAAAUUACUUGUGCUGAUGGAGGAUCUGUCCCGAUUACAUGUGAAGUGCCAGAUGACCAGUCAAUUACUGAGACAUAUAUUGAUGAAGGUAUUUUUUCACUAAACUCCAUGGAUGAUAUACAGGUAAACGUCCAAAAAGAAGAAGAAAAAGAAGAAGGGGAGUUGGAUUACAAGGGAUUUGGAGAAAAGAAAGAGGUAGAUUUCAAGAACCAAACCGAAGACAUUUUACCAAAACCGCUGAAAAAACUUACAUUGGAAAAUGCACAUGAGAACAAAGAUUCUAAGUUUCGACAGACAAAUGCAAAUUAUUCUCUUAAAGAUGAAGCAGCCUCACAGGAAGAACCUCCAGUUAGAAGACGGUCAUCAUUAGGAGCUCAAGAAGGUGAUGAUACUAACCAAUUCCAUGCGUAUCCAAAAACUGAAAAGCGUCUCUGUUCUAAGCAAGAAUUUUCAGAGGUGUUAAGUGUUCCAUCAACUUCUAAUGAAGAACAGGAAUGUUUGAAGCGAGCUAUGGACCCUGUGAGGAAUUCACAGGUGAAUGAAAAAUGUAUUCAUUCUCAAGCUGUCAAUGGAGUUGAAUUGGAAAAUGAAUGUUACAAAACAGAUUGUCAACAUAAACAAAUGAGUGCAAAUUCUAUUGGGAAAGAUGAAGUAUCCCUUGACGUUGACCCCCUUGUUGUCCACUGUGACACAGAUAAAUUUGUGUCCUGUGGCGAUGACAAUCAAUUGGAAAGUGAUCAUACUAACCAAGCCCAGUGCUUUAGCAAAACUGAAUUGCAACCAUAUUCUCACAAACAACAUUGGCAGCAGGAUCGUGUUACACCAAGAUCUUAUAAGCAAGAUUUCUUGAAGCAAGCUGAUUCACAAGUUAAUGAAGGACACUUUGAUUGUCAGAAAAGUCUUAGGGGGGUAAAUAUUGACACUGUGUUUCAAUUGGAAGAGGAAUGGGAGAAAACAGUGUGUUCAUUGCAGGACAGAAGAAAGGAGUCAGGAGAAAACAUUUUACCUGUUGAGGUGUUUGCAGAAACACAAAAGGAAGCGAUUGGUUACCCAGAUCUUCAAGCAAAACUGAACACAGAGAACCAAUAUGGAGAUUCAAAAAUAAGUUCAAACCAGAACGCAGAAGGUUGUCCUGUGAAUACAGAGGACAUGUCUCCAACUACGCAAACAGCUGGACACCAUGAUGACCCACAAAAGAACAUUUUUGAUUCGGAUAACCCUCAGCCCCUAGGAAAGAACAGUGACUUAUGUUAUGAACCACUUGGUUCAUCCGCAAAAAUGAAUGAUUUUUCCACAGACUUCAGCCAUGCUAGUGACUUUAUCGAGCCUAUGGAUUUGUUUUACCCGUACAAAAGGGAAGCUCUGUUUCCAGAGCCACUUGAUAAUAAAAUGCAGAGCCGGCCAUCUGUUUUGAGUGUAUCCGCCCUUGAGCCAGCUCCGGUUUGCGAGACUGUACCUGAAGAUCAACCACUUUAUCUGAUGGAUGAAGACUUUGUUGUGAAGUUGCUAAAGGAAGACACGGUGAAGACUGCCAUCAAAUAUAAGACUUUAAGCACAUCUGAACAAAAAGAACAGUGCCAGUUGCCUUUGGGGCAAAUCAGAGGACUCAUAGGCAGUGUUUUUCCACCUGACUGCAGUGAUCUCAGUGAGGCUCAGCAAGAUAGCCGAGGCUCUUCCUGUGAAAACACUAUGAGCUCCGCCUCAACUGAUCUGAAUUUUCCUUUCAGACUUGGCCCUAAAAGUCCCUGUCAGAACGAAAUAAUGAUCCCUCCAGUCCUACGUCAACGGAACAGAGUUCAAUUCUCUCAUGCAAUGGACAAUCAGACAACCAUGACGGCAUUCUCCAGAAAAUAUAGGAAUGGGGACUCCGAAUUUUGCUGGAGUGAGAGCUGGGAGCCUUAUCUGCUGUUUGUACUGUGGCUGGUACUCUACUGCUUGUGGCUGUUGCCACAAAUGGACCUGAAGACUUUUCCCAGUCUGCUGUUCAACAUCAACCACUGAAGACUAUGAGGGGCCGUUAGGGACAUUAUUCAGGAUUAGCUCUCACACUUACUAUUCAAAUGCUUUCACACACACAAAAACUACUGAAAGGCUCUCAUAAACACAACUCAAACCCUCUCAUACACACAAGUCUUGCUCUCAUAAAGACUACUCAAACACUCUCAAAAACACUACUCAAACCAUCUCAUAUGCACGAGACUUGCUCUCAUUGAGACUACUCAAACAUUCUUAUACGCACGAGUCUUGCUCUCAAAGACUACUCAAACAUUCUCAUAAGCACUACUCAAACACUCAUACGCACGAGUCUCGCGCUCAUAAAGACUACUCAAACUCAUAAACACUACUCAAGCACUCAUACACACGAGUCUUGCUCUCAUAAGGACGACUCACACACUCUCAUUAACAUUACUCUCAUGCACACGAGUCUUGCUCUCAUAAAGACUACUCAAACACUCCUCAAAUGGGUUCACGCGAGCAUGUCACUGGCAUUUACGGGUUUAUGUCAAUCAUGCUCACGCACACGUCGAUUAUGCUCACACGUGAAUUGUGUAAAUCUUUUAUUCGGUUAGUUCAAUUCAAAAAGUGAAAAUAUAGAGAUACACUGCACACACUCAGAGUGACGUAUUUCAUAUUUGAAAUAUGUAUAAUUUGGAUGAUUAUAGCACAGAGCAAAUAAAAAAAAUCCCUCAUAUUGAGAAACUAAAAUAUAACGUCAAACGAUAUAGUGAAUUAAUUCAAGAAAUAAAGUGAUUUUUAAUGUAGAAAUUAGGCUGUAAUUUGCCCUCGGAAAAGUACUUCAGUGUUUAAUCACUGAGUACUGAGGAAACACUUUUCAACUAUAUUCAAAUUUAUUGAGAUGUACCUAUAUUAAAAAAAGUAAUGAAAUAUUUGACUGAGUGUGUGUAGUCUGUAGUGCAUAUCUAUGACACGAGUUUCACUACCACAAUUAAAUUACUUAAUUCCCUUUGGCCACCUCAUUAGGUACACUGGCCAUCCUGCCUGCAACGAACCGUAUACAUUUCAGAUUGUAACGCAGCGGUGUUGAAACUCUGUCUUGAGUCCAGGGGUAAACACACGUCCACUUGCGCUUUAGCCCGAAAGGCACAUUUAUUCGGGAACAUCCGCGUCCGGUUAAUGGCGUCUCGCUCUUGAUAGACGAGCCAGCAUAGCCCUACGUCAUACAUGACACGGUUUCUGAUUGGCCGACCAUUCCAUCAUAUCCUGCAGCACUUACACAUUUAAAAGCAGGCAUUUUAAAUCAAUGAGGAAAAGCGUAACACAAUAGUCAACAAGUAUACGACAUAUAUACAUUAUAAAUAUAUAUGUACUGUAUGUACUUUACAGUAUAAUGCUAUGUAACGCUACUGCUUAAGUUAGGCAUACUAUUGUACUUUAUGGCUGUUGGUCAAUGCCAUAUUUUAUUUUGAAACCACUUCCUUUUCAAAUCAUACAAAUACAGACUCACAUUAACGUCAAAUGUCUGCACACACACAGGUCAAAUAAGCUCGGCUAAACGUCAACGCUAUUCACAUACCAUCCUUAAAUCCAUUCAUAAAAUAUACUCAAAUCCUUUCACCUAACCAUCUCGAAUGCACGCAUACAUGCUUGUGGAAAAAAAAAAUAUCUUGGGAGAUUUAUUUUAAGAUUGAUAGAUAGAUUUAGACAUAAAUAUAGAUCUACACAGCUAGGUAGAUAGAUCGAUAGAUUUUGACAAAUAGAUCAAGAUUUAUAAAUAUAGAUAAACAGAUGGAUUUAGACAAAUACACAUCUAGACUUAUAAAUAUAGAUCUACACAGAUAGAUAGAUAGAUAGAUAGAUAGAUAGAUAGAUAGAGGCUUAGUACUUCACAGACUUAGUACUUCACAGACGACUUCCUUGUACAUACUGGAAGACUGCUUCACAUCGAGGUGAAUGUCUUAUUGAGUUUGAAGUAUUUUGUGCUCUUCUUAGCAUAAUACUUUAUAUAUAUAUAUAUAUAUAUAUAUACAAACUUUAACCCAUUACUAUAUAGUAAUAAUAAUAUGUACUAUUUAACCCACUAUAAAUGUAUCCAUCCAACUUAUAUACUGCUUAUCCUAUCUACCUAUCUAUCUGUGUAGAUCUAUAUUUAUGUCUAAAUCUAUUUGUCAAAAUGUAUAUAUCUAUAUCUAUGUGUUUAUAUUUAUAAGUCUAGAAAUAUUUGUCAAAAUUUAUCUAUAUGUCUCGAACCUCUAUUGUCUAAGACUUGUGUGUAUGAGAGUGUUUGAGUAGUGUUUAUGAGUGUUUGAGUAGUCUUUAUCAGAGCAAGACUCAUGCGCAUGAGUGUUUGAGUUGUGUUUGUGAGAGGCUUUCAACCGUUUGUGUGUGACAAAUAGUUUUAGACAUAACUAUAGAUCUACACAGAUAGAUAUAGAAUAAUGAGUCUAACGGCCCCUCAGAGAAAACACCCCCCCCACACGAACGCAUACGCGCGUGCACACACAUAUUUUUAGCAGUUAUUACAGAUAUACUGUACACCAUUAUCCAUCUUGCCUUUUAGCCUUACUCCUCUAAGUGAAUGAAUUUGACAAGCUUUUAUCAUUAUUAGCUUUUAAUCUGGCAUAAAAUAAACAGUUUUACAGUUAUCACUGCAAAUCUUGUAGCACAAUAACUCAAGUUUUCAGUCUUGCUGCCAUUAAAUUAGUUGCAUUUCCGUAGAAAAAUAAACAUUAGAACAGCUGUCACCAUCCUUCAAGUCCUGCUGGUAUGUAGUACAACUUUGCAAUGUUAAAUAAAGUAUAAAAGGUUACAGGGUCAAAUUCUAAUAUUUCGAGAGCGUGCUGGGAUUUCCUGCCUAUUUUUACAAGCUAUUUUACAAUAACAAAGAACUGUACAUUUUGUUGAAUGGAAAUGUUUCCAAUUGCAAUAUAUAUUUUGAUUCAAAAAAUAUAAAGUCGAAACCAAAACAUAGAAAAGCGAGUUUAAUUCAUUUCUUUGCUUAGAAUUAGCACGUGGGCAGUGGCAGCGCUGGGCUUAAUGGUGCCCUGUGCUGCAGGUGGCGCCCCAGGUUCGGUGCUCGGUCCUGAGGUGUGGGGAAAGUAGAUCUGUUUAAUGAUAUCAUUGCUCUGUGCAGACCACACUCAGCCAAGCAUGCCUUGUUGCAUCUUGUUUUUUCCCACCUAGAGCAAAGUCAUGUUAUAACAGCAUUCCCCAAACUUUUCUAACAAAAACAAAAUCACAUAUAAUACAGAUCAUUCACACAGGAGGCGCCACAACUGUUCUUGGAAAUCUUUUGACUUUUACCAAACGUUACAAGCACCUGUUGAAAACCGUAUUUUCUAUCACACGUUUACACAGGAGCCCACUAGUAUUGAAGGAAGGGCUGAAUCAUUUGUAAUUCUGGAAGAAAAUAUUUUUUUUCCCCACAAAAAUAAGUUUUGUUAUUCUGUUCAUUAAUUUUGUUUCAAUUGGCACAUUUAUUUUUUAACUUAGCUUGUUACUCAGCAAAAGAAAAAAAAAUGCAUGUUUUAUUGUUAUCCGUUUGUAUUGACCACAAUUGCUUUAGAGCAAAUAGAGCAAACGGUUCUGGCUUGUGGCAGAGUCAAUGGAGCUGAAGCAACAUUUUGCAUUUGUUACAGAUAUGAAAGAGUCUGUCAAGAGUGUUUAAACCUGCUUUAGAUUUAUUUUUAUUUUUUGGAGAAAACUGAAAAGCGGUCUGAAGGCUUUGAUUAAUCCUUUAUUGGUUUGCUAAAUUAUACAGAAGCAAAGAUGGAAGUACUGUACAUUUUCACCACAAUGAUAAAAAUACAGUAAAUUAUUUUAACUUCUGGUUAAUAGUCAAUAUUUAGGUUUAAGACCUAUUCUGCAUCAUCUGUCUCAAUAGUAUCAGUGUACUUGUUAUAAGUUAAAUUGUUUGAAACAAAGCAUAUAAAUUACUUACAAAUCCCAAUUCCAAUGAAGUUAGGACAUUGUGUAUCAUGUACAGUUCUGUGAAAAAGUGUUGGCCCCCUCCUCAAAUUCUUAUAUUUUUGCAUAGUUCCACCACUUUAAUGUCAUGAUCAUCAAACAAAUGUAAAUAUCUAACAGAUAUAACCCGUGAACUUAAAAUGCUGUUUUAAAAUGGUGAUUUUAUUUAUUAAGAAAAAAAAAACUAUUCAAAGUUACCUGGUCUUGUGUGAAAAAGUAAUUACCCCCAUGUUAAACAAUGAAUUAAUUGCGGCUAAUCACAAUUUUGGGUUAAUUUUCACUGAUCACACCCAAGCCUGAUUACCUCCAGACCUGUUCAAUCAAGAAAUCACUGAAACAGAAUCUGUCCCGACAAAAUCAAGUCAGACAAAAGAUCUAAAACAACUGCAAAAAAAGGACAUCAUCCAAAGAAAUUCCAGAACAAUCGAGAAAUAAAGUAAAAUAAAAUUGACAUCUAUCAGUCUAGAAGGAGUGAUAAAAGACAUUUCUAAAGCUUUAGGAUCAGUUUAGGAACAGUUUUCCAGGAGUGGCAGCCCAACGAAGAUUACCCCAAGAGAACAGCAAUGACUCAUCUAGGAGGCCACAAAGGAACCGGGACAGCAUCUAAAGAACUGCAGGCCUCCCUUGCCUUAGUUAAGGUCAGUGUUCAUGGCACAACAAUAAGAAAGAGACUGGGCAAAAAUGGCAACCAUGGCAGAGUUCCAAGGCAAAACCACUGCUGACCAAAAAGAACAGAAAGGCUCGUCUUACUUUUGCAACAACAACAAAAAAAACCCACAAAAUCGUAAUGAUUCCCAAGACUUCUGGGAGAAUAUUAUAUGGACUGACGAGAAGAAAUUUGCUUUUUGGAAGGUGUGUCUCUUUACAUCUGGCGUAAAUAUCUCACAGAAAAAGUCAUCAUACGAAACAGUCAAACAUGGUGGUGGUAGUGUGAUGGUCCUGGGUUGCUUUGCUCCUUCAGGAACUGGACGACUUGCUGUGAUUGCUGGAACCAUGAAUUCUGCUCUUUAACGGAAAACCCUGAAGGAGAAAGUUCAGCCAUCAGUUUGUGACCUCAACCUGAAGUGCACUUGGGUUCUGCAGCAGGCUAACUAUCCAAAACACACCAGCAUGUCAACUUCUGAUUGGGUUCUUCCGAAGGUUUUGGAGUGGCCUCGUCGAAGUCCAGACUUGAAUCAGAUUGAAAUGUCGUGGCAUGACCUUAAAAAGGACCUUCAUGCUGGAAAACCAUGAAUUUUUGCUGAAUUCAAACAAUUCUGCAAGGAAAAGUGGGCCAAAAUAUCUGCACAGAGAUGUAAAAAAACUCAUUGCCACUUAUAGAAAACGCUUGAUUUCAGUUGUCGCUGCUGAGGAUGGCCCAAAAAGUUAUUAGGGUUAGGGAGCCAUUACUUCUUCCACACAGGGCCGGGAAACUUUGAAUCGUUUUUUUUUUUUGUAAAAAUGUUUUGUAAUAAAAUGAAUCACCAUUGAAAAAUAGCAUUUUAAGGUCACUUGGGUUAUAUUAGUCUAUUUACAUUUGUGAUUAUCUUAAAAAAAGUGGGGAAACUACAAAAUAUAAGAAUUUGAGAAGGGGUCCAACACUUUCACAGCACUGUAAAUAGAAACAGAAUACAAUGAUUUGCAAAUCCUUUUCAACCUAUAUUCAAUCGAAUACACUACAAAGACGAGCUAUUUAAUAUGCUUGACACAAUCAGGAUUUUUGGGGCCGAUCACUGAUCAGCGCGUUUAAAAAAACGAUCACCCAUCACCGAUCCGAUCACAAGUUGGACGAAUGUGUCUAUUUAAAUGACCUGUUCAUUUACUGGAUAUACUUGUGUACUUAAUUGCUCCAAAAAAUUAUAUUUACAAUAAAUAAUAAAUCUAUUUAUGCCAGCGAGGCAUCGUGACAGACAGAACAAAUGAAUGGUCUUCUAUUAGAUGGCAGGAAGUACAUACAGUAAUUCAUGUAUCCACUUUUUGUGACAUUUUUGUUUGUUGGUGUGCCGUGAGAUUUUUUUCAAUUGUAAAAUAUGUGCCUUGGCUCCAUCUAGGUUGGAAAUCACUGCUUUAGUCAGAUUGUGUAUUCUAAUCAGUCAGGUCAAGCCAACAUUACAACAUGACAGAAAUAAUAGGUGCUAACUUACUGCAAUUGAAUUACUUCACCCACACGGAAACUUUAAAGCAUGAUUCGACAGAACGGCGGCAUGUUUACCUACAACCGUUAGUGCUAGCACUAGCUUGCUAUGCUACAUAACGUUUUGUUGCCUGCUUGCGAGCCGUAUCGUAUUAAAAGGUACGGGAACACACCUCAAGCAAGCCUUAAACGAACGUCCUCUCCUGUCCUGAGCACCGGUGACCACCGACACACGUUUUCCCCCAUUUUGUCCUUCUAAUACAGUUGGCGCGAUCCACUCUUGUUGUCAUCGUCACGGUAACGAGUGUAUCCGGUCGCAUUUGAGUUGACAAGAUAGAGCCCAAUGAUCAUAAAAAACGGGAUGCGGUGGUAUGAAAACAUGAUUUUAUUGCAGUAGUCUGAAAUUUGUCUUGUAGCCUGAUCCGGGCGUUACGUGUUGUCUGUCUCAAACGUGUUGUCUAUCACACACCGCCGACAUGUUUUUUUUUGGGGGGAGGGGGUUUUCCCCAUUGAUCGGAUCGGCGGAUUAUGACAAACCCGAUCAGCAUAAAACGCUAAUUAUCGGUGGAUCCCGAUCAGGGCGAUGAAAAUCGCUGUAAAGUCUAAUAUUUAAUGUUUAACCUGAUGAACAUUGUUUUAUGAAAAUACUCUCUCAUUUUGAAUUUGAUCCCCUGCAACACUUUCCAUAAAAAGCUGGGACAGGGGCAAAACAAAAUUUAAUAAAGUCUUAAUAAAGGCAACUUUGAUUGACUUCCAUAGUGUGACAUAUCAACGACAACUCUCCGACAAUGCACCUUGACGUCGACCAAUGAGAUUGCGUACUGUGAGCGGCACAUCCCCUCCCGUAAUAGCCGUUGUCUACAUAUUUGCAUGCCGUUGUCAACAUUUAUUCACGCGCACAAACCAAUGUUUCCCGAAGCACAGGUGUCAAACUGGUGGCCCGGGUGCCAGAUCCAGCCCGCCACAUAAUUUUAUGUGGCCCGCGGAAGCAAAUCAAAAUUGCUUAUUGUGUUCUGGUGUAAUACCACUGAGAUAUUUGCAAGCAUUUUUUUGUUACCAAUCCCCCUUUGAAAAGAAAUGUAAUACAACCCCAAUUAGCUAGAGUGGGUCAUAUGUGAUUUAUACAACCCCAAUUCCAAUGAAGUUGGGACGUUGUGUUAAACAUAAAUAAAAACAGAAUACAAUGAUUAGCAAAUCAUGUUCAACCUAUAUUUAAUUGAAGACACUACAAAUACAUUUAAUGUUCAUCCAUCCAUCUAUCCAUUUUCUACCGCUUAUCAUAGGUCGGGUCGCGGGGGCAGUAGCAUUUGCAGGGACACCCAGACUUCCUUCUCCCCAGCCACUUCAUCCAGCUCUUCCGGGGGGGAUCCUGAGGCGUUCCCAGGCUAGCCGAAGGACGUAGUCUCUCCAGCGUGUCCUGGGUCUCCUCCCGGUGGGACGUACCCGGAACACCUCACCAGAGAGGCGAAUCAGAUGCCCCAGCCGACUCAUCUGGCUCCUCUCGAUGUGGAGGCUCGACUGUGAGAUCCUUCCGGAUGACCGAGCUUCUCACCCUAUCUCUAAGGGAGAGCCCGGACACCCUGCGGAGGAAACUCAUUUCGGCCGCUUAUAUCCGGGAUCUUGUUCUUUCGGUCACGACCCACAGCUCUUGACCACAGGUGAGGGUAGGAACGUAGAUCGACCGGUAAAUCGAGAACUUCGCCUUUCAGCUUAACGCCUUCUUUACCACAACGGAUCUAUUCAGCUUCCCUGAAUUGCUCAGUCAUUCACAAGCAAAGAUGGGGCGAGGUUCACCUCUUUGUGAACGUGAGAAAAUAGUCGAGCAGUUUAAGGACAAUGUUCCUCAACGUACAAUUGCAAGGAAUUUAGGGAUUUUAUCAUCUACGGUCCACAAUAUCAUCAAAAUGUUCAGAGAAUCUGGAGAAAUCACUGCAUGUAAGCGGCAAGGCCGAAAACCAACAUUAAAUGCCUGUGACCUUCGAUCCCUCAGGCAGCACUGCAGCAAAACUCGACAAUGUGUAAAGGAUAUCACCGCAUGGGCGCAGGAACACUUCAGAAAACCAAUGUCAGUAAAUACAGUUCGGCGAUACAUCCGUAAGUGCAACUUAAAACUCUACUAUGCAAAACAAAAGCCAUUUAUCAACAACACCCAGAAACGCCACCAGCUUCUCUGUGCCCGAGCUCAUCUAAGAUGGACUGAUAUCAGCAAAGUGGAAAAGUGUGGACGCCCCUGCUUAUUUCAGCAAGACAAUGCCAAACCACAUUCUGCACGUGUUACAACAGCGUGCCUUCAUAGUAAAAGAGUGCGGGUACUUGACUGGCCUGCCUGUAGUCCAGACCUGUCUCCCAAUGGAAACCCCGGACUGUUGAACGGCUGAAUCUGUACAUCAAGCAAGAAUGGGAAAGAAUUCCCCCUACAUAGCUUCAACAAUUGGUGUCCUCAGUUCCCAAACCUUUAUUGAACGUCGUUAAAAGAAAAGGUGAUGUAACACAGUGGUAUGACCCUGUCCCAGCUUUUUUGGAACAUGUUGCAGCCAUAAAAUUCUAAGUUAAUGAUUAUUUGCUAAAACCAAUAAAGUUUAUCAGUUUGAACCGUUAAUAUCUUGUCUUUACAGUGUAUUCUAUUAAAUACAAGUUGAAUAUGAUUUGCAAAUCAUUGUAUUCUGUUUUUAUUUAUGUUUAACACAACAUCCCAACUUCAUUGGAAUUAGGGUUGUAGUUGAAAAACAUGCUUUGAUAGGCUUCUGAUUUCAAAACUGGCUAUUCAUCAAUGUGUAUACUGUAUGUAAUUACAGUAUACGAGGUAAUCUUUCAUUUAUAUGGGUUCGCAGUUGGCGCGGCCCUCCGAGGGAAGUCAUAACUACGAUGUGGCCCGUGACAAAAAUGAGUUUGACACCCCUGCUUUAGGGCAUGAUUCGACGGAACGCCGGCAUGUUUACAUACAACCGUUAGUGCUAGCACUAGCUUGCUAGGCUACAUAACGUUUUGUUGCCUGCUUGCAAGCCAUAUCGUAUUAAAAGUACAAGAACUCCUUAAGGAACGUUGUCUCCCGAGCAUCAUUGACGAACACCAUCAGUUUGUCCCCCCACACUCACUCGCACGCACAGAAACAAUACAUUGGUGGGGCACAUUGUUGUUGUCGUCGCUAUGGUAACGAGUAUCCCGUCGCGUUGACCGGUGACAUUUUCUGUUUCCGCUUCUCCGACAGUGUUUGAUUUGACAAGCUAAGUCCAGUGAUCGUAAAAGACGGGAUACGGUGCUAUCGGAAUAAAUGUCAUGUAGUGUUGCCACUGUCUUCCCGAGAAACGGUACGAUUUGAUGCCGGUAGUCUGACAUAGUGCAAUCGAGAAAGACCAAAUUUGUCUCGUAGUCUGAUCCAGGCAUUAAUUGUAAACAGGUGAGUGUCAUGAUUGGUUAUGCAUAAAAAGGAGCACCUCCGGAAAGCUGUUCACAAGCAAGGUUCACAAUUUUGUGAACAACUGGGUGAGCAAAUAGUCCAAAAGUUCAAGAAUGUUUCUGAAAGUACAAUUACAAGGAAUUCAGGGAUUUCAUCAUCUACGGUCCAUAAUAUGUUCAAAAGAUUCAGAGAAUCCGGAGAAAUCUCUGCACGUAAGCGGCAAGGCUGAAAAGCAACAUUGAAUGGAUGUGCCCUUCGAUACCUCCUGCAUUAAAUUGUGUAAAGAAUAUUGCCACGUGGGCUCAGAAACACUUCAGAAAACCAGUCAGUUAACACAGUGUGUCGCUACAUCUACAAGUGCAAGUUAAAACUCUACCAUGCAAAGCGAAAACCAUCAAUCAACAACACCCAGAAACGCCACCUGCUUCUCUGAGCCUGAACUCAACUCAACUGAACUCUGGAAGUGGAAGUUUGCCUUGGCCUCUUUGGGGCAGUGUUGUGUAAUGCACGCAUGGAGCUACACGUGUUGUCAAAGCUAAAAAAGAGUAGAAGAAGAAAGUCACUUCAGAACUUUAAUAAACUCGUUUUUCACAGUUUAUGAAUAUAUGUCUAAGAGUAUUUUUUUUUUUUAACUGUAUGUGUCACUACGGCAUUUUAAUGUGAGUAUUAGUUAUUUGAAGGUAAAUCCCUCCUGCGCGCUAAUGCUAAUUUUAGCUAACCCGUCAAUAGGGUUUUCCAUUGUGGUAGCAUUAGGCUGCCCAUCUCUAUAACAAACUGUGUAUUGUAUUUAAAUAUAUAAUGUCUGUAAUUAUUUUGUUGUGCAUUUAGUUUUACAAGUCCAACUGGGGUGUCAUUAAACACGCUCAAGAAAGGCAGAAUAACAUACGUCAAACACUUGCCGCAAGAGGCAAGUGUGCCUUCAGAGUGCAUUUACAACACAGGGACU